AUGCGGGAAAGCUCAUCAGACUUGCAAGGAUGCAUUGUCGUGGAGAGUAAAGAAAGGCGGGGGAGCAUGGCAAACUCAGACAGCCACUGUCACUCCAGGAGGGGGGGCGGGUUAGAGGGUGUGGUUGCCCUGGGUGAAGGCGGGUGUGGACAGUGUGGGGACGACCGUCGAUGUCCUGCCCGAAUGGGGAAGACCGUGGUCACCAGGCACUUAAACCUGGAGACAAAGAGGGCGGGCGUACAGAGAGCAUUCCACACAGGACACGAGAGGAGGGAAAAGAAGAUGCGCUUUCACCCCCGUCAGCUUAUCAUGCAGCCAAACAGGGUGAAGAGCAGCAGUUCUGCCAAUGCUCACAUGGAGGGCAUAGACCCGUCGUAUCAAGUCGGAACUCUCGAGAAACGACGCUGCGCUAUGCAUGCGGCCGCUAAGAGCAGGGUCGCUGGAGGUUCAGUACAUGCUCCAUACAGGAAGAGGAAGAGUGACUGGAUCCAUGGCGGGCCUCCAUCAUGCCAACGGGGAAAUCUUAGGCGGCGCAGCACGAGCAACCGACAGCGGCGGUUGGACAUCUCUGUGUUUCAGGAUAGCGGCGGUUGGACGCCCAUCAUCUGGGCGGCAGAACACCGACAUAUAGACGUGAUCAGAGCUCUGCUCAACAGAGGAGCCGACGUCACGCUCAGAGACAAAGAGAUGAAUGUUUGUCUGCACUGGGCGUCGUUCUCGGGCUGCGCUGAGAUAGCGGAGCUGGUCCUGAACGCCGGCUGUCCUCUGACGUCCAUCAACCAGCACGGAGACACGCCGCUGCACAUCGCCGCUCGCGAGGGCUACAUCGACUGCGUCACGCUGUUCCUUUCUCGUGGUGCUGACAUCGACAUCAUGAAUAAGGAGGGCGACACGCCGCUCUCUCUCGCCCGCUGUGACACGCCCGUCUGGGUGGCGCUACAGAUUAACAGGAAGUUGCGUAGAGGAAUCUCCAAUCGCAUUGUACGGACAGAGAGGAUCAUAUGCAGUGACGUGGCUCAGGGUUAUGAGAACGUUCCCAUCCCGUGUGUUAACGGCGUGGAUGAUGAAGGCUGUCCGUCUGACUACAAAUACAUCGCAGAGAACUGUGAAACAUCCACCAUGAACAUCGACCGCAACAUCACACACCUGCAGGUGCCACUCCAUACACAAAACACACACCUCACACAACACUCAGCAGCCUUGGGGUCGGUUCGAUUUUUAAUGCAAGGCUGCAUUUAUUUGUUCAAAAAUUCUAUAAAAUCAGUAAUCUUUUGAAAUAUUAUUACCAUUUAAAAUAGCUGUU